AUGUCUAUGACAGUAGAUGAUUGCUUCAAAGUCCGAGACGGCUUCCCUCGGCCGUUCCCCAACACGCCCUCCAAUGUGCUUGAGCAGUUCAAGUUGACCGGCAAGGUCGUCGUUGUGACCGGUGCUGCCGAUGGUCUGGGUCUCGCUGUGGCAGAGGCAAUGGCGGAAGCGAAUGCCCAGGUAGCCUUUUGGUACAACUCAAACGAUGCUGCCAUUGCAAAGGCAGAGGAAAUCGGGAAGGAUCACGGUGUCAAAACCGCUGCCUACAAGGUUGAUGUCUCCAACGCCGAGCAAGUACAGAGCACCAUAGCCAAGGUUGUCCAAGACUUUGGAAGAAUCGAUGUCUUUGUGGCCAACGCCGGUAUGGCAAUUUCAAAGCCCAUCUUGGAACAAACCCUCGAAGAGUUUGACAAGCAGAUGUCUGUGAAUGUCAACGGAGUUGUUUAUUGCUCAAAGUAUGCUGGAGAGGUUUUCCAACGCCAAGGAGCAGGAAACCUCAUCAUCACCUCCAGCAUGAGCGCGCACAUCGUCAACGUGCCAGUUGAUCAACCAGUCUACAACAGCACCAAGGCCUUUGUUACCCAUUUCGGUAAAUCCUUGGCUCGCGAAUGGCGGGAGUUUGCCCGAGUGAACAUUGUUUCACCUGGAUUCUUCGAUACCAAGAUGGGUGCAGGCCCCUCAGCUCUCAAUGAGGCCUACCGGAUGUCAUCUCUUGGAAGGCAAGGCCAUGUGAAGGAGAUCAAGGGCCUUUACCUAUAUCUUGCUAGUGAUGCGUCUACUUAUAUGACUGGAAGCGAUGUUCUUAUCGAUGGCGGUUACGUUCUGCCGUAA